AUGAAUCUCGAUACCUCGGUGGGAAAUUUGGACGUGGCCGAUGCCGAAUAUGUGGCAAUUAUUGUAUCAGUUACCGUAUACGGCUCGAUAACGGCCAUUGGACUAACGGCAGUCACUGUAUUUCUCGCUGUACAGAUCAAAGGGCGCUCGACAUUUAAUGAGUUCCCCUUCUUCUCAAUAGUGUGGUACUUGACGCUGAUAAAUCUAUUAAAUUUAAUAACACAAGCCACCUGUAUAUUUCCAUGUAUGCUCGUCGAAAUUCCUGACACGGGUCCGCUGGCCGUUUGGCAACAAGUUGGUGUUUGUCUCAACGAUUUUACCGACCAGGCCAUUAUGUACCUUACACUACUCAUGGCCAUCAACCGUUUCGCCGUAUUCGUGUGGAAAGACCUGCAGGCCAUUUUCUCAACGUAUCACAUCCGAAAAGUCAUAUGGCUUACCAUACUCAUUGUUAUUCCGUUAACUACAUAUCGACAGAUGUUCGGCACGCGGAAGAAGCGUCAUUCAAUGUACCAAAGCAACGAUAAUGACAUCGCUUUGCUAUAUCAGGCGAUAACUGUCACCUUCUUCCUCGAGCUGACCCGUGCCUUUUCCGUGACAGCACCAAUGCUCAAAACGGACACCUGGGUCCAAUGGGUCCUAAAUAUCACGCGAAGCGUUUGCUCCGUCUGCAACCAUUCCAUCAAUCCGAUUCUAUUCAUGACCACAAAUAAAACGGUGCAGCGUGUCCUGAAGGGAAUGUUGCCCCGGAUAUACGGCGUGCUGCAGCAAUCGACGUCUGAUAAUUCCGGGAUUCCGGAAAAGGGCGAUCCAACGCCUCCGACACCCUCACCUGGCCAUAUUGUGAUGACGUUG